AUGUCGACUCAAUCACCUCACCCACCCACGCCCAAGGGCCCUCGCAACAACAACAACAACCGUCGCCCUCAGAAGAAGACUUCUACGCCCAUUGCACAGAAGACCGCCAUGCUCAGUACACCUCCAUCCUCGCCGCCGCGUAACAUGAGUCCGGCAGGCGGUGUGACGGAUUCGUCUCACAACAUCCAAUCUAAGAAGAAGCCGCCUCGCUCUGGAAAGAAACCCAAGGACGCAAAUCGGGCAUCACCUGCCAACCCGGGACAUCGUCACACCUCAUCCAACCCGAAUCUUAUGACCCCCCAGGUGAAGGACAAUGCUGCCUACGCUGGUCCAACUUUUCAUGCAUCGCCCGCGCCAUCCGCGUUACCUAUUCCAAGCUUUUUCUCGAGAUCUGUGCCGGAAUCGGAUCCCCCUCCAAAUUUGGAGACUGACAGCGAUAAUGCCGAAACGGAGCCUGAAAUCGAAACUACGCCUUCGAAACCACGUGCUCGGCCUCCACCCAUUGUUGAUCAAAAGCCCACACCACUCGAUUUCUUGUUCAAGGCCGCUAUACAAGCGCGCCAACCAAAUGCCUUGGAUAGCCCGGAGGCGACUGGGCGCAUGCGUUCUCCUCAAACCGAGCCGAGACCCAUGGCCUCCAACCCGCCCGGCGGGGUCUUCCCGUUUGAGAUGGAGCCUUCGGAACAUUCGCGCGCUUCGCAGAUCGGGCCUUCCUUUGCGCCUUCUUACCAGGAUCGUAUGAAGGCUUUGCGUUCCUCCAGUUCCCCAGCCGACGCACCGGAGAGCGAGGAACAGCGCCGAAUUAAAACUGAACAGUUGAAGCAUCUUCUUCUUAACCCGCCACCGCAGAAACCGCCUUCAUCAGUGUCUCCACCUCAUCAGCAACCUCCUCUGUUUGGUGCUACCAACACUAACGGCAACGUGCCUCACUAUGCCACUCCCUUACGGCCCACGUCCGGUCCACCCCUGAACUGUCAUCGACCUUCUCCGAGAGGGCAGCUCCAUCAAUGUAGCAAUUCCGCUCGUCCGCAAAUUCAGUUUAACGGCUUUCAAUAUGGUCGACAUCCCGAGUCUCCGCUGAGUCGCGAGGUGCCCCCUUAUCACUACGUUCCGGGCGCGCCAUCUCCAUACAGCCAUAGUAUGGCAAACGUUCCAGUAUCAACGCCUGCUCUUGGAAAUGGCUACACUUCGCCGCCGCCUCAGUACAUGAAUGCUACUUACAACAUGGUUCAUCCACCCUCUCCUCCGAAGCCUACCGAUACAAAACAAAUGGAAGAUGAUCUUCGACGAAUCCUGAAGAUUAGUGCGGGUCCGGGUAUCCAAAGCCCCUUUGCCGCAUAG